AUGUCUAUUUUCAGCGAUCUCAUCUCCCGGAGUAAUUUCGCUCUCUCGAAGCGCGACGUGGCGUUUGGAAGCGACUCGGAUACGGUUGUCAAUCUCAUGAUUGCCUUCCUCGGCAUCUCCUUCUUCGCCCUCGUACUCGUAGCCUUGCUGGUUAUAGUGCGGCGAGCAAGGCGCGACCGGGCGUCGCAAGGGGAGACCCUGCCGCAGUACAACGAUAUCAAGCACGACGACGGCCGCAACACCCGUCAUCUGACCAUUCAGACCCCCGACGGCCGAUCGAGCAUCUUCGUCGUGAACGGCCGCCCCAUGCUGGCCGACCCGAAUUCCCCGCCCUACUCUCCUAAUAACAUCCCCGAGAUCCACAUCACCUUCCCCGACGAGCAGGACGAGAAUGGCCGCAACAAAGGCGGCCGCGUCGUGGUCGUGCGAGUCGGCGAGACCUCCGUCGGCCUCGAGCCUGUACGGGACGAGCAGCUUCCCGCCUACUCCAAGGAGGGCGGUACCGGGUUCUACUCUAUCGACAUGGACCAGAUCGGCGGGCUGAAGGAGAAGGACCGCUCCCAGUUCUCGUGA